GCGUCGGGGGGCGGGGCGGCGGGUAAUAUGGCGCCCGGCGAGUGAUUCUCCCCGAAUCCCUCCGGUGGCUGCUGAGACACUGGGGCGGGGAGUUCAGCCCCCACUGCCUGCCUUCCGCCUCUUCCCCGCCCCUGGAGGCCUCCUGCUUCCCUUCCUUCUCCCACCUCGGGGGGGCAGGCCUGGUUCCUGGGACACCAUGUCCGACUCUGAGGAGGAGAGCCAGGACCGGCAGCUGAAAAUCGUCGUGCUGGGGGACGGCACCUCCGGGAAGACCUCCUUAGCUACCUGUUUUGCUCAAGAAACUUUUGGGAAACAGUACAAACAAACUAUAGGACUGGACUUCUUUUUGAGAAGGAUAACAUUGCCAGGAAACUUGAAUGUUACUAUUCAAGUUUGGGAUAUAGGAGGGCAGACGAUAGGAGGCAAGAUGUUGGAUAAAUAUAUCUAUGGAGCACAGGGAAUCCUGUUGGUAUAUGAUAUUACAAAUUAUCAAAGUUUUGAGAAUUUAGAAGAUUGGUAUGCUGUGGUGAAGAAAGUGAAUGAGGAGUCGGAAACUCAGCCACUGGUUGCCUUGGUAGGCAAUAAAAUUGACUUGGAGCAUAUACGAACAGUGAAAUCUGAAAAACACUUACGGUUUUGCCAGGAAAAUGGUUUUAGUAGCCACUUUGUCUCAGCUAAGACAGGAGACUCUGUCUUCCUGUGUUUUCAGAAAGUUGCUGCUGAAAUCCUUGGAAUCAAAUUAAACAAAGCAGAAAUAGAACAGUCACAGAGGGUGGUGAAGGCAGAUAUUGUAAACUACAACCAGGAACCCAUGUCAAGGACUAUUCACCCGCCUAGAAGCUCUAUGUGUGCAGUUCAAUGAGCACAUUUUUCUUUUGUAUUGAUGGUUUUGGCUGCCCUUCACCUCUGAGGGGGCCCAAGACUUCAAGGAACUUGCUUUUAUCAGUGACCAUCUCUGUAGUUCAGUUCACACUUUCCUCCCAACUUGCUUCAUCAGUAAGUGUUGCCUCAGAGCCACAGGCAGCUCUUUGGACUGGAAAGAAUUCAACUUCAGGACCACACACUUUGAAUUCAAAAUGGAAAGCCCAUUCUCUGGAAUUUAGACUGCUUCAUUGAAAAAGAAUGGUAUUGGUUCUUGUUAUAUCUCUAGUUUUAUUCCUCCGGUAUAAAACAGUUUUUUAACCAAAUAUGAAAGCUGUCCAAGUCUUGAUCAUCAGCCUGGAUUUUGCCGCAAUAUAGAUACAUUCUCUUAUUGGGACUUAAAUAUCUCAAAGUGUAUGUUAAAGUGCAAACAUUGAAACAAGUAAUAUAUUUUAUCUACAGAUAAUUAAGAAGGCAUUCUUUUGCUGUCAGUUGUGAGUAAAAAUAUAUAAAGCUGUAUCUAACAGAAAAUGCUUAAAAAGAGGCUGUAAUAGAAAUAUUUUUUCAUUAAAAAAAAGAGCCUAAAUGGUUUAUAUUGUAGUUUGUAACUCACAAAGUACUGAGUGUUUGAUAUUGUAUUUUAUUACUGUAUCAUGGUCAUUGUGUAUUGUAGAAUACUCGGGUUAGAUGGCUUUAUGAAUUUUGGUCAAUGUUCAGGUGAUGUACCACAUGGAUUUUUUCUCCUACAAACCACAGAAGAGCACUCCCAGAGUGAGUUACAACGUACUGUUGGAUCAUUGUGGAUCAGACUGUACCUGAUGUUCAGAUGUUUUUCUGU